AUGGGAAGAGGUGAAUCCAGUCGCACGACCCACGAUCAUCAUCGAGGCCGCGGACGUGGCCGCGUCCGGCGCCACACUUUUAACGCUGAGGGUUUUCGAAGGAAGUUUGAAGAGGCCCACUACGCUCCUGGUGGCACCAAAGAUGAUCCCCUGAAUUUGAAUGGAAUGCAGGAAGAGCCUGAGGAAUCCGAUGGGGCCAAUUCAGAGCCCGAGGAAGUUUUCGUGCCGAAAGAUGUCAGAGACCCUUUGGGCCUACGUACGAUCAAGAAAGAAAAGAGGAAGCGAGGAGUCAAGGAGCACAGAUCACGAUCGAAUUCGCCGAUUCCUGCCAAAAUGAAAAAGGGAAACUCUACGGAUGGCGGAAGUCUGCCAGCUGAGACAGAGAGCAAGAAGAGUGAGGCAGUCGACCCAGCUAAGGACGGGGCGAAAGCAGAAGAACAGGAGACUCGCAAGUCGAAAAAGCAGUACUUUAAUCAAAAGUAUAUCUACGGGAACUUCGACCGCUACUAUGGCGCGCGACUUGACCAUGGCCAAAAAGAUAGUCGUUUAGAGGUUCUGCAGAGGGAAUGGUUUGAGAAGAAGACGGUUCUAGAUAUUGGUUGCAACGUCGGCUUCGUGACUCUAGCAAUUGCCAAAGAGUACGGUCCGCGGCGAAUUCUUGGCAUUGACAUCGAUGAGCAUCUGGUGGGCGUGGCUAGGAAGAACAUCCGUCAUUACUGUGAUCAUGACAUUCAAUUGUCUGGAAAGUUCCCAGCUUCAUUUUGCAAUCAAUUCGGACCGGUCUCCACGCUGCCGACCACGUUCAAGACCAAGUUUCCGGACAACGUGUGGUUCCGCAAAGAAAAUUUUGUGCUCGAAAAAGACGAAUUCCUUGAACAGGUGAAAGAAGAAUUUGAUGUCAUUCUGGCGUUGUCUGUGACAAAAUGGAUUCACCUGAAUUGGGGCGACGAUGGGAUGAGGAGAUUCUUUAUUCGUGCUUUCAAGCAGUUGAGGCCGGGUGGUCGCUUCAUCCUCGAACCGCAAGCUUUUUCCACCUACAAGAAGCGGUCCAGCAUGUCGGACGUGCAUCGCGAAAAUUACGCGCGAAUCGAGUUCAAGCCUGCCGAUUUUGAGAUGUACCUGUUGGAGACGGUCGGGUUUGAUAGGGUGGAGCACCUCGAUGCGCCGCCCGCAAAAACGAAAGGCUUCCAACGACCAAUCGACGUGUACGUGAAGGGGACGAGCAAUCAGCCGAAGCCUGUCGACCAUGGUGCCGGCCCCUACCUAUGCGGUCCCAACCGCACCACACCACACUCUACGACCGAUUCGCCAGUCGUCGGCCGGGUAGCCGCCGAAUUUGUUAGCACGGCUACCCCAUCAAGCGGAGCCGAAGCCUCCGAAAUUUCCCCCAUGUAUCAGAACACU